CAAGGAACAGCGUCUGUUCAACUCUGUGUUUGAGAGGAGAAUGAGUGCCGCCGCAGUGAAAAUUGAGGAGGAUUCCUUUGGAACCUUCUAUGAUGAAGACCUGAAAGCGACCUUUCCGGUGAGACGGUUCACCCUGAAGAUCAGCAAGAACGUCACCGUUCGGCUCAUCAACUAUGGUGCCACAAUCACUGAUAUCAUUGUGCCCGACAAGAACGGAGCGUUGGCCGAUGUGAAUCUCGGUUUCGACAAUAUGGAUGGGUACACGAAAAAUUGGUUCAAUCCAUAUUUCGGUGCCAUCGUGGGCCGUGUUGUUAACAGAACUGCGUUCGCAAAGUUCACUAUCAAAGGUGAAACGUACCACGUUUCAAAAAAUAUCGGCGAGCACCAUUUGCACGGAGGCUUCAAAGGUUUUGACAAGAAAAUUUGGGAGGUUAACGUAGAAGACUCGAAAGUCACCUUCUCGUACGUAAGCAAGGAUGGCGAGGAGGGCUACCCUGGCAGCCUCUUAGUUUCUGCCUCUUAUUCGCUCAAUGAGUCCAACGAACUGCUUCUGGAGAUUACGGCCACCUGCACUAAACCCACACCUGUGAACCUCACAAACCACGCUUAUUUCAACCUCGCUGGACAUGAUAAAGGCUUGGAAGGGUUGAACGAGCACAAGGUCUACAUCAACGCUAAUUCUUACACUCCGGCACCCGAGGAUGCUUUUAUACCAACCGGUGAAAUCAAGCCAGUUGCUGGAACGUACCUUGACUUUACAUCGCCGAAAUGGCUGAGAGAUGAGAUGCCAAAAGCUGGCAUUGGCUUCAACAAUAAUUACUGCGUCAACAUUUCCAACCCACCCACUAUGACCAUUGUUGCUAGAGUUGUCCACCCUCCUAGUGGCCGUCUGCUGGAAAUCUACGCGGACAAACCGGCGCUGCAGUUCUACACGAGUAAUUAUUUACCGACGGAAAACGAACUGCAAGGAAAAGGUGGAAGCUUUUACACUAAAAACGGCGCCUUUUGCCUCGAGACUCAGGACUAUCCCGAUGCUGCUAAUCAGCCGAAUUUCCCGACAACUGUAAUUGUACCUGGUCAAAUUUACAAGCACAACGUGAGGUUCCACUUUGGAAUACAAAUCAACGCUGAGGAAUCAUCGUCAUCCUGCAACAUUGCUUAAUGAGGGGGCUUCGUAUUUUUUUUUAAUAAACAUUUUGGUAAAAAAUUUCUUGUAAAUUUUCCUUUCAACGUCAA